GUCUUCGUCAUGAACCUCUCGAUUGAUUCUUGUACUAACUAAACUUUGCGUCUUCAAUGGCGACUCCAUCUCCAUCUCUAUCCCCAUCUCCGGUGAAUCUAUGGGUAGUCUUAUCGGAAUCAAAACGAAUCAUCAACGCUCACUCACGCCACUUCUUAGCUCUCUCCGUUCUCUUCCUCCUUCCCCUCUGCUUCUCCGUCACUGUUUACCCUUCCGUCUUCCGCCUCAUCACCGAUCAAUCCUCCGCUUCUCACCACAGCGUCUCUCUCCUCCGCGGACUCCAUGAUUCUGAUGUCGUCGUCGAUACCAAAACGACGGUCUUGCUUCUAAUCGGUUACAUCGUUGUUGUCACCGUCUUCAAUCUCUUAGCUAUUGGAUCAAUCGCUUACAGUGUUUUCCAAGGAUUCUAUGGUAGACCUGUGAGAUUGAUCUCCGCCGUUAGAUCGAGCUUCGCUUCGUUUUUACCGCUCCUCGCUACUUUGAUUUCAUCCAAUUUCAUCGUUUUUGGGGUUUUCUUGAUUUUAGGGAUUUUAGCUUUCUUGUUGACUAAGCUAAUCCAGAUCAUCCCAGGUCUUCGAUUCGAUUACGCUUCUCCGUAUUUCCAAGCUCUCACUAUGGUAGUAACGUUUAUCUCGAUUGUAGCUGUGGUUAAGCUCUAUGUGGAUUGGGUUCUUGCUUGGGUUGUUGUUGUUGUUGAGUCAGCUUGGGGGUUAGCUCCAUUGAAGAGAAGUAAAAGCUUAGUUAAAGGAAUGAAAAGUGUUUCUUUGUCUAUCAUCUUCUUCUUUGCAACAGCCGAGUCGCUUCUAGUAUGGAUCAGUACCGUAGCUGCCUCUGCUCAGCUCGACGAUGAUGGUGGGAAGUUGUGGACAAAUGCUUUCUUUGUGCUGCAGAUUGUGAUCACGUCUGCGGUUUUGACGCUGUUGAUGCUAUAUAAUCUUGCUGCGACUACUGUGAUGUAUAUGUACUGUAAAGCUGUUCAUGGUGAGCUUGCUUGGGAGAUAGCUGAAGAGUUUGCGAGAGAGUAUGUGAGUUUGCCUUUUGAUGAGGGUAAAGUUCCUCACUUGGUCUCUGUAGCUUACAACAACAACAUCUGAAGGAUGAUGAUGAAGUAUAGGUUUCUGUUUGUUUUGUUGUUAUGGUAGUGUUUGAAAAAUCUGGUCUUCUUGUAUGAUAAAAGCAUGUUUUUUAACCUUGUAUAUACAUUUACUGUUCUUGUGACUUCAAAACUUUUGUAAUGUCUAUGAAUGAUCCAAAGUGGUUAAUCCGAAUCAAGAUUUUUAUUCUGAAUUA